UGUGUGUGUGUGUGUGUGUGUGCGUGCGGGGGGAGCGCAGCCCGGCGGUUGUUUACCGGGGAGCGGAGAGCCGGGGCAGGGCUCGCCGGCGCGCCGAGCCGAGCCGAGCUGAGCUGCGGCCCCUGGCCCUGCGCGCCGAGGAUGCUGCGCGGGGGCCCGCGGCGGGCGGCGGCGCUGGGCGCGCUGCUGCUGGGCUCGCUGCUGCUGGCGGCCGCCCGCGGCGCCGAGGAGUGCCUUCGCGGCAACGGCGCGUCCUACCGCGGGAGCCGGCGAGUGGCCGCCGGAGGAGCCCCCUGCCUCAACUGGCUGGCGGUGCGGAGCGGCCCCGGCGCCGCGCUGCCGGCAGCACUCGCCGAGGACCACAACAGCUGCAGAAACCCGGACGGCGACGCCGCGCCCUGGUGCUACAUCCGAGGCGCUGCCGGGGUCCCCGAGCGCAGACCCUGCGACAUCGCCGAGUGCUCAGCAGAUGCUACAGCUGCCACAGCCCCAGUCCCUACAGGAGAAGUUGAUGCUUCUCAGGAGGUCGACCAGGUGUUUGAACCAGCUGAUACCUUGCCCUCCCGGAGCGAGGCAGCUGCUGUGCAGCCUGUCAUUGGGAUCAGUCAGAGAGUGCAGAUGAACUCCAAAGAAAAGAAGGACUUAGGGACACUAGGGUACGUGCUGGGGCUGAUCAUGAUGGUGAUAAUCAUUGCCAUCGGAGCCGGCAUCGUCCUGGGAUACAUCUAUAAGAGGGGGAAAGACCUGAAGGAAAAGCACGAACAGAAAGUUUAUGAGCGUGAAAUGCAGCGCAUCACACUGCCACUCUCGGCGUUCACCAAUCCUGCCUGUGAGUUUGUAGACGAGAACACAAUUGUGGUGCACACCAACCAGACACCUGUGGAGGACACACACGAUGGUAGUGGCCCGCUCAUGGGGCAGGCGGGUACUCCUGGGGCCUGAGCAGCUCUGGCAGGAGCAAUACAGGCUGAGCAAAGCCUCCGGCUUCCCACUGUGAGUGCGGGGGGGUUGCGUGUGUUCAUUUCUAUUUUGUUUUCUUUUUGAAGAAAGCCAGAUGAAGGUGAUGCAGAGGGACAGAAAAUGGGCUGUUCAUCAUGAUCUGUUUGAGGGGCACCAUUCAGUGCAUGACCAGCUGGGGACUGGUGUGGUGGACCCUGCUGCUUCCUCCCACCUAUCUCCACGGCGUGCCAAGGAGCUGGGGGGGAUGACGGGCCAGGCUCACAACUGGCCACAGAUCCCAUAGCCUGCAGUGUGGUCUUGGCUUCCUUUUUUUCUGUUCCUUUCCUAUUUAAUGGUGUGCACUGUUACUUAAGUUUCAGCCUGGAACGCCAGGAGGAAGCAGUACCGCAGGGACUGAGGGGAGCUUCACAUCAGACUUAGCUAGAUAAUUACACUGAUUAUAGUUCCUGCCUUUUUGCUUUAGUGGCUGAGAGCUGGAGACACUGUCCAGAAUCCUGCUGCUGGAUCAGGUUUUUUUCCAAGGAAGAGUUUAUUUGAAGGAUGGCUUUGGCCAGGAGCAGUAUGUUUAGCCCCAGUGUCAAUUUGGAAAAGCUCUUCUCAAGCUCUUGACAAAUCCAGGUCUUCCAGGGCUGAGGCCACAUCUCCAUUCCCCUGUGGGGGUGCUACAUGCACAGCCACAGUUGUAGGUGUCCAGGUGGUCUGUGCUUCCUGCUCACUUACACAGAUCAGGAGACCAAAGGCCAGCAGCAGAUAGUUGUGAAGUGACGAAAACAAACUGCCCUUCUGUUACCUACAGCAGGUUGAGCACUGAGGAUAGAUAACAUCCUCUUCCGAAUUCCCUUGUCCUUUUCCAGAGCCAGCUCUGGACAAGAGUGGCCAAGCCCGCUGUGGAGGUCACCCCGACCAUAACGCAGCAGCUCUUGCUCUAAGGGCAGGACAGGGCAGCUGCUCUUGCAGGAUCCCAAAGGUCUGGGCAUGGCUUCGGGCCCAGCCUCCUUCACACACUCCGCUUCUGCAGUGAGACUACUUGCUUAGAGCCUGGCCCUAUUAGAGAGGUUUUGUAACAACUUUUAUUAGCGUUUCAGGGGGUUUGGAAGGGAUGGUUGCUGCAGUGUCUCCCAAACGGCACCAAGGCAAGGCCAUUUCAGGGAAACAUCCAUCCCCGCCUCAGGGGAUUCAAGCCAUUCAAGUAAGUUUUCUAGCCAUCUGCUUUACAGCUGUGGGCCUAACAGGGAGCAGCACUUGGCAGCAGGGGUUUUAGUGUUAAUGAUUAAUUCAGAAAAGGGAAACGUUUUAUUUUUAAAUGCCUUUGAAUACCAUUUCUUUGUAAAAUCUUUUAAAUACCUCAUUAUGAGAAGGUGCAGAUUGUGCUACCUUGUAUUAAAGCUUAAAAAGAAAAAUGCUCUGUA